AAGCGCAAACACUCUUUCUCUCUCUCCUUAUCAUUAUUAUGAAGCACUGAGUGACUUACUCCAACUGUCCUUCCAUUUCGCCAAAACACAACCAAUUCCUUUGUUUCUCAAUUCUCUUCUUGUGCUUUGUGUUUUUCUUGUUCUUGUCUCCCUUCCCGAGUAUCAUUACCUAACUGUACCUUCUAUUCAUCUCUUCACUUCAAAUUUUUGUCAAUAUCUUUUGAGCUUUGCAUACUUUGUUUGAACUUAGGAAGCAAUUUCAUCAUCUGGGUCAUUUUUAUUUUCGACUUACAUGAUCCAAUAAAUAUGGAUCUAGAAGCAAGCCACAACAAUAACCCACUAAAGAAGGAAUCAUGGCGGACUGUACUAACCCUUGCAUAUCAAAGCUUAGGAGUGGUUUAUGGUGAUUUAGCAACUUCCCCAUUAUAUGUUUACAAAAGCGCAUUUGCUGAAGAUAUUCAUCAUUCAGAUACAAACGAAGAGAUUUUUGGGGUUUUGUCCUUUGUUUUUUGGACAUUAACGUUAAUCCCAUUGCUUAAAUAUGUGUUUAUUGUGCUAAGAGCUGAUGAUAAUGGUGAAGGUGGUACUUUUGCGUUGUAUUCUUUGUUAUGCCGACACGCCCGUGUUAGUUCUCUCCCUAAUUGUCAGCUUCUUGAUGAAGAACUUUCUGCUUAUAAGAAGGAUGAUUUUGUUGAUGGUGAAAAAAAUGCAAAUUCUAGCUUGAAACUCACCCUAGAGAAGCAUAAGACUUUGCAUAAGGUGUUGUUGAUUUUGGCACUUAUUGGUACUUGUAUGGUCAUUGGUGAUGGAGUUCUUACACCCGCAAUUUCGGUUUUCUCAGCUGUUUCUGGGUUAGAACUCUCACUUACAACCGCUAGGGAGAAUCAUCAAUAUAUAGAAGUUCCACUCGCUUGUGUCAUACUAGUUUUGUUGUUCGCCCUUCAACAUUACGGGACUCAUCGUGUAGGAUUCCUGUUUGCACCAAUUGUAGUAACAUGGCUUGUAUGCAUCAGUUCAAUUGGUUUAUACAACAUUGUGCACUGGAAUCCCCAUGUUUAUCAAGCUCUUUCUCCAUACUAUAUGUACAAGUUUCUCAGAAAAACUCAGAGAGGUGGGUGGAUGUCUUUGGGUGGAAUCCUGCUGUGCAUGACAGGUUCGGAAGCUAUGUUUGCAGAUCUUGGACACUUCUCACAGUUAUCUAUUCAAAUGGCGUUUAGCUUUAUCGUGUAUCCAUCUUUGAUCUUGGCGUACAUGGGACAAGCUGCUUACCUGUCUAAGCACCAUUCUCUACAAAGUGACUACAGGAUUGGAUUCUAUGUAUCUGUACCUGAGAAGAUAAGAUGGCCAGUUCUGGGUAUAGCCAUACUUGCUGCUGUAGUGGGAAGCCAAGCUGUUAUCACCGGAACUUUCUCAAUCAUCAAACAAUGUUCUGCAUUGGGUUGUUUUCCUAGAGUUCGAAUAGUCCACACAUCCUCUAAAAGACACGGCCAAAUCUACAUCCCAGAGAUUAACUGGAUAUUAAUGAUUCUGUGUCUUGCUGUUACUGUUGGUUUCAGAGACACAAAACACUUGGGGAAUGCAUCAGGUUUGGCAGUGAUAACAGUGAUGCUGGUAACCACCUGCCUAAUGUCUCUAGUAAUAGUAUUAUGCUGGCAAAAAAAUGUGAUACUUGCUAUUGCCUUCAUAUUCUUCUUUGGUUCAAUAGAGGCACUCUACUUCUCAGCAUCACUAGUCAAGUUCCGCGAAGGGGCGUGGGUCCCAAUUGCCUUAUCCUUCAUCUUUCUAAUAGUCAUGUAUAUAUGGCAUUAUGGAACUCGAAAGAAGUACGAGUUUGAUGUCCAGAAUAAGGUACCCAUCAAUUGGCUACUUGAUCUGAGUCCCAAUUUAGGAAUCGUCAGAGUACGUGGAAUCGGUCUCAUACAAACCGAGCUUGUAACAGGAAUACCAGCCAUUUUCUCUCACUUUGUGACAAAUCUCCCUGCAUUUCAUCAAGUGCUAGUCUUUCUGUGCAUAAAAUUUGUGCCUGUUCCUCACGUAAGGUCUGAUGAACGUUUCCUUGUUGGAAGAAUAGGGCCGAAGGAGUAUCACAUUUACAGGUGCAUUGCUCGAUAUGGUUACCGUGAUCAUGAUAAGGAUGAUGUUCAGUUUGAGAAGGAUCUUGUUUGUAGCAUUGCAGAAUUCAUUCGUUCAGAAAAGCCUGAUUGCAAAAAUGUUCAUAAUGAAGAUGAAGAUGAGGAGAAUCUAACUGUUGUAGGGUCCUUUUCUACUAAUCGGGGAGUUAGAUUAUCCGAAGAUGAAGGAGAGAACACUGAAAUAGUUGGAACAUCUGAACUCAGAAAACUGGAUUCUUUCGAUAAGCCAAGGAAGAGGGUAAGGUUUGUCGUCCCUGAAACACCACAAAUGGACCGUGAAGCACAGGAAGAGUUGCACGAGUUAAUGGAGGCGAGGGAAUCUGGGAUGGUGUUUAUAUUAGGACACUCGUAUGUGAGGGCCAAGAGUGGUUCGAGUUUAAUUAAGAAAUUGGCUAUUAAUUAUGGUUAUGAUUUCUUGAGGAGAAAUUCUAGGACACCUAGUUAUGCAAUCAGUGUUCCUCAUGCCUCGACAUUGGAGGUCGGAAUGGUGAACCACGUCUGAUUUAUUUUGUAGGUCAGGAUCUGAACAGUAUAGCAGUCUUCUGUAUUGUCAUUACUGGGUUGUGUAUGUAAAUGUUCAACCAAAAUCCAGUUUUAUGUUGUCUUUAGUUCACUAUCAAACUCAGAAAUCAUAAUACACACUAAAUUUUGUCA